UAUUUUUUUUAGCCUCUUCAGUCUUGCAGGUACAUGACAGCUGUAUGAAAAACCGCAAAGACGAAAGAUGGUUCAUCUGAAUGUCUCCAUCUCAACAUCCGCUGUGCUGAACGUUGUAACUCGUCGCGAGGGUUUGAUGACGGGCUGAAGCGGGGAUGAUGUGGAGCUGUCCGCGGUGCUGAACCGCCGCUGACCGCGGUUCUGAAAUAUAGCUCUUCAGUCCCUCAGCGACAUUCAUCGACGUGAAUGCAAGACCAGCGGAGGACAUUCACAUCUAGCCAGCGUGGAAAGGAUGAGGAGGGAUUUCAUGCCCACUCUGCUGCUCAUAUUGAGCUGUUUUGGGGCGUCGUGGGUCUUGGCUGAAAGUUUGGCUGCUCCAGUGAACGUGUCCAUCAGAGAUCUAAAGGGCCGCUCUGCUGUGGUGACAUGGGACAUCCCAGAUGGGGAGCCAGUCAUCGGCUUCGCCAUCACACAACAGAAAAAAGAUGUUCGCAUGCUGCGCUUUAUCCAAGAAGUGAACACUACCAUGCAGAGUUGUGCAUUGUGGGAUCUGGAGGCAGAUACGGACUAUAUAAUACAUGUCCAGUCUAUCAGUACAAGCGGGCCGAGUCCCCUCAGUGAACCGCUGCAUUUCAAAACCCCCAAAGAAGCUGAAACACAGGCCUCCAAGAGCAAAGAUGAAGUGACCAUGGAAGAAGUGGGUCAGAACGCUCAGCUCCGGGCAGGAGAGCUCGUCAUCAUUGUGGUGGUUUUGAUCAUGUGGGCAGGUGUGAUCGCGCUCUUCUGCCGUCAGUACGACAUCAUCAAAGACAACGAGCCCAACAAUAACAAGGAUAAAGCCAAGAACUCGUCUGAAUGCAGCACCCCUGAGCAUUCAUCAGCUGGCCUGCUACGCAGUAAGGUAUAACCGCUGCCCUGUGAGAGUUCAGACAAUGCAGGCAGUUCUCCAAGAACAACAACAAUAACCAAACGCAACCUGUGAACAUGAUCAAAGGGUGACAGGAAUGGUUUCUGCUUCAAUGGAUUCUGCUUUUACCACAUGGCUACAGAGGCCAUAUGUGCUCAUCCUCAAAACAGGAAGUAGAAAUAUUGGAAGUUUCCUGAAAACAGCUGGAAUAAUCUGGCCAGCACAGCGAGCAUCUGAAAGAGAGGCCAGAAAAGUGACCUUUCACACAGGCCUGCUAUUUGCUAUUGGAGAUAAGACCAAAUCUGUGGCUUUUCGGGACAGGAGAAAACCCUCUGAAAGAAACUUUUAAACUGUUGAGCUUUGCUCCUUUAUCUGGUAUUCUCUUUUGCCCAGUUGAAAUGGCUUGAUCCAUAUUCCUCUCAAUGGUGAUGAAGGCUUUUAUAAUAAAGUAAAUCUGUUGUAAGCCUCUAAAUGCAGAAAAUAUAUUUCCAGCUGACAAAAAAAAAAAAAAUGUUCUAGGAACAUUUUGCUAACAUUCCUGUUACGAAAAUGUUACAUCUGUUCUCUUAAGUUUUGUGGGGUUAUAAGAACACUAAGGGAACAUUCCAAUUUAGAAUUUUGCAAACAUUGUUACUUUUGAAUGUUCUC